AUGCCAGGUCCGUGGCUGCUCCUGCUCCUGGUGGGCCCUGCUGCAGGUCUUGUGCUGUCUACACCCUCGUUCCCAGUUUCUGUCUCCCAUGGAGAGACCGCCUUCCUUCCAGUCUCGUUGAAUUUCUCUUCUUCGGUGCCCACCUACUUCCAGAUCCGAUGGCAUUUCAUCACCGGCCCAUGGCUGGUGUUGAUUGUGAAAGCUGAUAACUGCAAGGGUACCCGUCAGUGGUGGGAUGCUUGCGAGAUCGCAGUGGCAAAAUCAGAGAGAUACAGGCACCGAGCAGAGUGGUCUUCUGAAGGCGCUUCGCUGAUAUUACGGGAUGCCAGAGUAGAAGAUUCGGGAAUUUAUGAAAUCAAGGUGCUGGCUUUCGGUGUCAGAGUGUCAGCCAACAUCAAUCUAACUGUGAUCAAUGAUCCUCUGAGGAACCCUCUCCUGUGGAAAAUUUUGUUUGGCCUAUCGGCUGUAGGAAAUGUGGUCCUGGCUGUGCUUUUCAUUGUUUUUAUUCUUCCAGGUUCACAGAAUGUCGGUCUUCUGAAUCUUCCAUCGGAGCCAAUCCCCAGCUGCGUCAAGAACUGUAUUCCUUGCGGAUCAGCUAAUGACAGUGUAACAGGAAAUCUGACUCUGGAUCCAAACACAGGUCAUCCUCAGCUCUACGUAUCUGCUGAUUUGAAAAGCGUGAGAUGGAAAGACACGAAACAGCAUGUGAACAACAGUCCUCUGAGAUACAACUUUAUAGUCAUAAGCCGUCAAAGCUUGAACUCUGGGAAGAUAUGCUGGGAGGUGGAGGUGGUGGAGGGAGGGGAGUGGUGGGGGGUGGGAAUUGUUAGAGAAUCUUCAAAGAGAAACGGGGUGGCUCUUUUUGAUCCUCGUGGGGGCUACUGGGGAAUUCAGCAAUAUGAGGGACGGUAUGAGGCGAUCACCUAUCCCAGGACAAAUUUGACAUUGUGCCAUCCUCUGAAAAGGAUCCGAGUUUCUCUGGACUAUUCACAAGGCCUCAUAGCAUUCUUUGAUGGCGACACGAAUGCCGAACUUUUCAUUUUUCCUAAAGCAAAUUUUUCUGGAGAGAAGGUUCGCGCUUGGUUCUUGAUCUAUAAGAGGAAUGGACAGCUGAUCCUUCACUCGUGAUAUGGUGGAGCAAUGGGGUCAUCAUGCUAGAAGAGCUUCACACCAUCUGUCUUCAGCUCUCCUCCACUCUUUCGGUUUUUCUCUUUCUCCAUCCCAGUUUCUAUUUCCUUUGCCUCCAAUUCCUUUUGCCCUUCUUUUCCUUCUAUCUCAGGAGUAUCAAACUCAAUUUCAUUGAGGGCUAC